AUGAAAGCUUUUGAAAUGAAAGAAUUCGAUAAUCAUCCAGCAAAAAUAGAUAUCACAAAUAUGGAUGGACAAGUAAAUGCAAGCUUUGUAGGAAAUCCUACUGAUUAUCAGUUGCAAACUAUAAGUGAAGAAGAAUACCCACAAGCCAGUGGUUUACUACGAGGAACAGCAGCAUCUGCUUCAUCCUUUCAAGUUCAUUAUGAAGCAGCAUCUGGUGAAGAUUCACAUGGAAUUACUUUUGCGCCACCUCCACCUGCUCCAUCAUCGGCUUUUACUCAUCAUCAUCAACAACACCAUCGAUCAAAUGAGACAGGUACAUUUGAACGGCAAUCCUCUAUACUCGAUCCUAUGUCAGAUCGUGUUAGUACAAUUCUUGUUUGGAAAAAUUUGGUUGUAUUUACGCGAGAAGAUAAAAAGAAGUUAUUUUUUAAACGUUGUCUAUCAAAAAAUGCUGAACCAAAAUCAAAACAUCUGCUACAUAAUGUAAGCGGCGCUAUUACCGGUGGAUUAUGGGCUGUAAUGGGUCCAUCGGGUUCUGGAAAAUCAACACUAUUAAAUACAUUAGCUUGCCGUUUGGAUGUCAAUACAACUUUUACUGGUGAAAUGCGUUUAAAUGGUGCACCGUAUGAUAAUGCUGAAUUGAAACGUAUUGCUGGUUAUGUUAUGCAAGAUGAUUUAUUAAAUGGAUAUUUGACUGUUGAAGAAACAUUAAUGUAUACAGCUGAACUUCGCUUACCACGAACAUUCACAAAUGAACAACGAAAGCAACGUGUCGAUGAAAUUCUCGAUGAGUUAGGUUUAACACAUACACGGCAUGAUGUUAUUGGUGUUCAAUCAAAACGAGGUAUAUCCGGUAGUGAACGUAAACGAGUUUGUGUUGGCAUGCAAUUGCUUAAUCGCCCACAAUUACUGUUUCUUGAUGAACCAACAACUGGCUUAGAUUCAGUGACAGCACUUGAUUUACUUUAUAUACUUCAUGCACUUGCACAUGGCAAAUCACAAGAAAAAGCUGUAACGAUUGUUUGUUCGAUCCAUCAACCGCAAGCAAAAAUAUUUAAUUUAUUUGAUUCGAUUGUUUUACUUAAAGCAGGUCAUAUCAUGUAUCAAGGUCCAAGAAAACAAUCAACAGAAGUGUUUCGUGCAGCUGGCUUUCCUUGUCCACUGUUCACUAAUCCAGCCGAUCAUCUUUUAGAUGUUAUAACACCACCAAAACCUAAUCAAGAAAAUUCCGAUGAAGUUCCAUUAACAAUUGAACAACAAAAAUCAGUAGAUCAAGCACUUAUAAAAGCACAGCCGCCAAUUGAAAUUGAUCUAAACAUGGGUGUACAUAAACGUGUUGGUCAAAUGGCAAAUUUGCCGCGUAAUCCACCAUGGCAUAAACAAAUACGAAUACUUUUUCGUCGUAAUUUACAAGAACAAUACCGAAAAAAAAUUCUUAUCAUUACUUCUGUUUUACAAACAGUUAUCAUGGCUGUUUUAAUUGGUACCGUUUUUCUAGAUAUUGGCACUUCACAAACUAGUAUACUACGUCGACAACCUGUUAUUUUCUUUUGUAUUAUCAAUCAAGGUGUUUUUGGUGCAUUAACAGUUAUUAAUUCAUUUCCAGUUGAACGAACAUUAACAUUACGUGAACGAGCAUCUGGAACCUACUUUGCUAGUGCUUAUUUUGUAGCAAAAAUUCUAUCCGAUACACUUGUUCAAUUACCAAUACCAAUUGUAUUUUCGUGUGUUGUUUAUUUUCUUAUUGGUUUACAGCCGUAUGCUGCGAAAUUUUUUAUUUUUAUGAUUUUUAUCAUUCUGUGUUCGGUAACAUCAACAUCAAUGGCAUUAAUGAUUUCAGCUCUAUGUCGAACGACAGCAUUGAGUGUAACAGUUUUACCUAUGUUACUUGAGUUAACACGUUUAUUUGGUGGUUUUUUUGUUCCACCAGCAAAUGUACCGGGCUAUUUAUCUUGGAUAGAUGCUUUAUCUUAUAUAAAGUAUGCUUUUGUUGGUGCUGCUCUUAAUGAAUUAGAAGGUUUGCGCUUAAAUUGUGACGGAAUCGCAGUUACGAUCGUAAAUGCAACAUAUAAUAUAACAGCUCAAUGUAUAACGAGUGGCGAAAAAAUCAUUCAAACACGUGGAUACAAUUAUAUUAGCAUCGGUGGUUGUAUUGGCGUUUUAUUAUCUUUCAUUAUUUUUUGUCGUUUUUGGGCUUUUAUCGGUGUACGAUUUCUUAAACAUUAG